AUGAAAUAUCCACUCGAAUUCGAUUCAUCAGACUCGGGUUGUAUAAAUAACAAUAACAACAACGAUGCACCUAUUAUAGUGUCAGGUGAUAUAAAAAUAGUAGAUUUAAGGCCUUGGGUUAGAGGGUUUGACAUUAAAUGUAUACUGUUAGAGCUUAUUUCAAAACGUACACUAAAAACCAAUUCAGAUGUUGAGAUACAUAGUUUCCUAGUAGCCGAUGAAACUGCAACAUGUACAUUAGUAAUCUGGGAUAAAGGUCAACAUUUUAGGGAGGGAGAUGUUGUUCAAUCAGUACAAUUAUGA